GGAGGCACUGAGCUGUGUGUUCUUGUCUAAACGAUCAAAGUUCAGUCCAUCGGUAUCUCAGGUAGCCUGAAUCAUUCUGCUGAAACUCUCAGCAGCCUGAAUGGACUUGGAUUUUUGUUCUUCUAAUCUUGCUUAAAGAUUGUACAAAAGCUCUAAAACUUCUGCAAGAAACCAGUCACUGAAAGCAUGUGUAAAGUGUCACCAGGUCUCUGUGUCCUGAAACACUUCAUUCAGACUUGCUUUAUUAAGCUUCACAGUCAACUCGAACUGCCUUGUAAUGGUACAGUGUAUAUAGUAGGACAGGUCAGAGUCUCUGUUAAAGUUCAAGAAUAGUAACUAUUUUGUACUACUUGCAGCUGGAGAUAAUACAGGAGUUCCUGUCAAUCCAGACUAUCAAAGCACUGGCACCUCUUGCUUAGCUGUGACUAAAAACGCUAGCGCGCAAAACUGCACACUGCUUGAGCGGCCGCUUGCUAUAAUGCAGUCUGGGGAAGGGGAAGGGAUUUGCUUAGUUCAAGUUACUAUGUUAGUUCCUUUACUUUGAAAGUGGAGAUUUUAGGAAUGUCAUCUAAUCUGAUGGCAAACCAACACACUGGAGGGUCUGAGGGUGGUAUUGUCAGUGCCCAUUAAUGUCUUUAUCACUAAACUCGAAGAAAUGUUUAUGCUUCCUCAAUCAUGUAGAAGAUGCAAGGGAGGAGUUGAGAGAACAGGUAUAUAACGCCAUGGGGAAAAAAGAAGAGGCCAAAAAGUCUACAGAAGAGUCUCCAGUACUACCUGAGAAGGAUAUCAAAGAGGAGGAUGCUGAAAUGAGAGAUAUCUCAGAAGAAGCAAUUGCUGACAAGGACAUUAAGCUUGAAGAGGCUGAAGAGAAGAUGGAGACUUCUGUGGAAAAAGAAGUAACUUCAGAAGAGCAGAAGCAGCUGGCAGCUGUGGAAAAGGAGACUACGAAAGAGGAGGUAGCUGUGGAAAAGAAGGUAGUGGAAAAAGAGCAGAAGGUGAUGUCUGAAGUAGCAGAGUCAACUGAGAAGGAGAGAAUGACAGAAGUGUCAGACAAGGAGGCAAAGGCAGCUGUGGAAGAAGCUGAAGCUGGAGAACUGGCUGUGGAAGAGAGGGGAGAGGUGGGAGAGCAGACAGCAGAAGCCACAGGAAAAGAACCAGCUGUGGAAAAGAGAGAGACUGUAGAAGGGCAGGCAGAGGCAGCUGUGGAAGAGAAGGCAGUAGCACAAGUGACAGCAGAAGUGCAGGCAGCAGUUGCUGUGGAGCAGAAAGAAGUUGCAGAAGGGGAAGCAAAGGCAGCUGAACAGAAGGUGGAGGAGAAACAAGAGCCAGUAGAGACAGCUAUAGAAAAGAAACUGGAUGAAUCGAAAGAGACAGAGUCCUCAAAGGAACUUGUGCCCACAGAGGGCAAAGAGCUGUCUAAUGACAUGGAAGAAAAGGCUGAAGUAGCUGCUAAGGUAGAGAAAGAGGAAAAGAAAGAUGACCUGAUGGAAGAGGGUGAAGGUGCUAAGGUAGAAAAAGAAGAGAAAGAUGACCUGAUGGCAGAGGGAGAAGAAACAGAAGAAUCUGAAGAGGAAGAUAAAGAAAAUGAGAAAGCUGAAGAUGAUAAAGAGAACGAAUUGACAGUGGAAGACAAGUCUUUACAGGAAAGUGAGGAGGAUGAAAUUGGAAAUCUUGAGCUAGCCUGGGAGAUGUUGGAGUUGGCAAAAAUAAUCUACAAGAGACAAGAAACAAAAGAAGGUCAGCUCCAUGCAGCUCAAGCUCAUCUAAAGCUUGGAGAAGUUAGUAUUGAAUCUGAAAACUACAUGCAGGCUAUAGAAGAGUUUCAGGCCUGCCUGGCCCUGCAGCAGAAGUACCUGGAGGCUCACGACCGCCUGCUCGCUGAGAGUCACUACCAGCUGGCACUGGCCUACCACUACAACAGCCAGUUCGAUGAGGCGGUUUUGCAGUUUGGUAAAUCUGUAGAAGUCAUUGACAAGAGAAUGGCGAUGCUUACUGAGCGAAUAAAGAAGGCAGAAAGUGGAUCCCCUGAAGAUGAGCAGGAGAUUGAAGAACUGAAGGGACUGCUUCCUGAAAUUAAAGAAAAGAUAGAAGAUUCGAAGGAGUCUCAAAAGAGCUCAAGAGUAGCUAAGCUGGCACUGAAAGCAACCCUGGUUGGAACUACAUCUGGCUUUGCACAAAGUGAAGACAGUGGUUCUGUUUCCACAAUUCCAGUAAGAAAAGCAGCUGAUGGUGCAUCUCAGUGUGUUACAGACAUCUCUCACCUAGUCAGGAAAAAGAGGAAACCAGAGGAGGAGAUUCCACAGGGGGACAAUGAAGCUAAGAAAUCUAAACCAGAACCGGCUGUCAAUGGUGGUGGUGCUGAUGCUGCCCCCAGUGGAAAUGAGGUUGCAGAAAAAAUGGAAGAGGAGACAGAGAAAAGGCCACAAGCAGAAUCAGGGGCUGCAGUUGAAAGCACAGUAUGAUAAUUCUUUAACCUUGGACACUCCUCUCCUUACAAGGAAAAUGGUUUUGUAUAUAGUGUAUUUUUUCACUUUUUGGCAACUUUUGUAUGACUUCAAUAAAGAUUGUAAGCAAA